UGGCGAGAUGUCUUCCUCGGACGAGGAGAGCCUGAGUGAACGUUCGUGUGUGAGCGAGCGUUCUUUCCGCAGCGAGAGGUCCGGGGGCUCUCUCUCGCCCUGCGCCCACAGCACAGCCGGGCCCAAAGGGGACACUCUGCCAUGGAACCUAUCCAAACAUGAGAGACGCAAGCGCAAGAGCCAAGACUCAGUGCUGGACCCCGCGGAGAGGGCAGUUGUGCGAGUCGCAGAUGAACGAGACCGGGUGCAGAAGAAAACUUUCACAAAAUGGGUCAACAAACAUCUCAUAAAGGUGCGGAAGCACAUCACAGACCUGUAUGAGGAUCUAAGAGAUGGGCAUAACCUCAUUUCCCUGCUUGAGGUGCUGUCUGGCGUCACAUUGCCCAGGGAAAAGGGUCGCAUGCGAUUUCACCGACUCCAGAAUGUGCAGAUCGCCUUAGACUUCCUUAAGCAGAGACAGGUCAAAUUAGUGAAUAUACGCAAUGAUGACAUCACAGAUGGGAACCCAAAGCUGACACUGGGACUGAUCUGGACCAUCAUCCUUCACUUCCAGAUUUCUGAGAUCUAUGUGAGCGGUGAGUCAGGUGACCUUACUGCGAAAGAGAAGCUGCUACUAUGGAGUCAGCAGGCCACAGAGGGCUAUCGUGGUCUCCGUUGUGCCAAUUUCUCCUCCAGCUGGAGCGAUGGACACUUGUUCAAUGCUCUUCUGCACAGAUACAGGCCGGACCUGAUUGACAUGGAAGUGGUUGCACAACAGAGUAACCGUGAGAACCUGGAACAGGCCUUUGAGAUUGCAGAGUCGUUAGGGGUAACACGACUUCUAGAUGCUGAAGAUGUUGAUGUGUCGUCGCCAGACGAGAAAUCUGUUAUCACGUAUGUCUGCUCCAUCUACGAUGCUUUCCCCAAGAUCCCAGAGGGUGGAGAAGGCAUUGCAGCUAAUGAGGUUGACCAGCGAUGGACAGAGUACCAAUCUGGCUUCUCUUCUCUGCUACAGUGGACCAGACAACAUACAGCCCUCAUGACCAACAAGAGCUUCCCCCACAAUCCUGUGGAACUCAAGGCACUUUACAAUGAAUAUGUCCACUUCAAAGAAACAGAGGUCCCUGCAAAGGAGAGAGAGAAGAGCCACAUUGAGCACCUUUACAAGCUUCUGGAGGCGUGGAUAGAGUUCGGGCGCAUGAAGCUGCCUCAAGGGCUACACCCUAAUGAUCUGGAGGAGGAAUGGGGAAAACUGAUCCUGGAGAUGUUGGAGAGAGAGAAAGCACUGAGGCCUGCUGUGGAGAGGUUGGAGUUACUCCUACAGAAGGCCAAUAAGAUCCAGAACAUGGCUCUAGAUUGUGAGGAGAAACUCACGUUGGCGAAGAACACUUUGCAGGCUGACUUGUCUCAGCUAGAGAGUGGGCAGCCGGUGCGGUGUGAGAAUGAAUUGGGGAUGUAUCUGCAGGACUGUGAGGCUUUAGUCAGACAGCUUCACCUUGACCUGCAGGUCCUCAGAGAUGAGAAGUACUACCAAGUGGAACAGCUGGCUUUCAGGGUGUCAUGUCUGCAGGAGGAGCUGGUCUCUUUGCGCCUGCAGUGUGCCAGUGUGUACAGGAAGGGUCAUUUCUCCACAGGGGGUCUGCUGGGAGAGCACGCGGGUCAGAGGGGUUCUUCAGGCAGUCUGACUACACUGGGAGCACAGACGUUUCUGGGAGCAGUGGGAGCUGCGGCAUCCCUGCUCAGACGGCCGAUGUCUCGUGCGGACCUGUUAGCCAUGUCUUCCUCUGAGGAUGAAGGCAGUCUGCGCUUCAUCUACGAGCUGCUGGGGUGGGUGGAAGAGACGCAGGACCUGCUGGAGCGAGCUGAAUGGGGUUCUGAUCUGCCCUCUGUAGAACAGCACCUGCAAGACCACCACAUCAUUCACACGGCAGUGGAAGAUCUUCUGAAUAGCCUCAAAGAGGCUCGAAACUAUGAGUCAAGGGUCUCUCCUAAUUUAAGUAGCAGUUACUCUGAGACUCUAUCCAAGCUGGAGAACCAGUAUUGCAAGCUGCUGGAACAUUCGUCAUGGCGACUGCGUUGCCUAGAGAGCCUUCAAGCUUUUGUGUCCCGCUGCACUGAGGAGCUGAUCUGGCUCAAUGAGAGGGAGGAGGAGGAGCUGGCCUUCGACUGGAGCGACAGCAACACCAACAUGGCUGCCAAAAGAGAGCAAUAUUCUGACAUGAGGUCAGAGCUGGAGGAAAAACAGGAAGUGAUGCACUCUCUCCAGGAGACAGCUGACCACCUGUGUCAGGAUAACCACCCAGCCAAACAAACAGUGGAGGCCUACAGUGCUGCCCUACAGACGCAGUGGCAGUGGAUCAAAGAGCUCUGCAUAUGUGUGGAGCAGCAUCUCAAGGACAACACUGCCUACUUCCAGUUUAUGAGUGAUGCACGGGACUGUGAAAGCUAUCUACGUCAGUUACAAGACACCAUUAAGAGACAGUACAUCUGUGAUAAAAACAGCAGACUAGGCAGAUUGGAAGACCUGCUACAGGACUCCAUGGAGGAGAAAGAACAAUUGAUUGAAUACCGCAGCACAGUGGCCAGCCUUGUAGGCCGAGCCAAGUCUGUAGUCCAGCUCCGUCCACGCAGUGCAGAUAGUAACCUGGGCACCAACACGCCCAUUCGUGCCAUCUGUGACUACCGACAAAUAGAGAUCACGAUCAGCAAAGGGGAGGAGUGUGUAUUGGAGGAUAAUUCUCAGAGAACUAAGUGGAAGGUCAUCAGUCCCACAGGAAAUGAGGCCAUGGUGCCAUCUGUGUGUUUCACCAUUCCUCCCCCUAAUCAGGAAGCCAUCGACACUGCCAGCAGAAUGGAGCAGAUGUACCAGAACGUCAUGUCUCUAUGGCACCAGCUGCAUGUCAACAUGAAGAGCGGGGUCUCCUGGCACUACCUGCAGAAAGACAUACGAAAUAUUUCUUCCUGGAGUCUGGACACAAUGCGCUUGCAGGCUCCAGUAGAGAGGCAGCAGGCUUUAGACAACCUUGACGCCCACUUGUCCGACUUCCUUACGGACAGUCGCGAGAGCUCCCUUUUCAUGCCAACUGAACGCUGUGAGCUAGAGCGAGAAGCUGAGAACUGCCGGGAACAUUGCCAAGCAUUGCAGGUCUCUUUGGAGACAGUGGAGAAGGAUGAGUUGGCCUCUCGUGCUUACCUCUCAGAGCUGCAGAGCAUCAAGUCGCAUCUGGAGGAUGCAGAGAGUAGACUGAUGCGUGGCAUACAGACUCCACACCCCAGCACAAUAUCAGGAGACAAUGCAGUUCACAUAGCAGAGCAAGAGAAACUGCAGCAGGAUCUGAAAGGACUUCAGUCAGAUUUGGGUGAGGUGUCUCGUCGCUGCGUGAGCUUCUUUGAGGAGAAGCCUUCCUCUUCUAGUGUGCCUGUCCUACGCUCUGAGCUCAACCUGGCCGUAGAGCACAUAGAGAAACUCAACUCCCUCUCCUCUGUUUAUCUGCAAAAAUUGAAGACGGUUGAUGUGUUGAUGAGAAGCCUGCAGGCUGCAGAAAGUCAGGUGAGAAAGUAUGAGAGUCGACUGAGUGAAGAGGAUAUUGUGCCCGCUGAUACUGCUGCAAUCCAGGCCUUGGGAGAGCAGUUAAAGAAAUGGCAUUCAGAGCUGGAGGAGCAGGAUCACAUAUUCAAGAGUCUGAGUUUAGAGGUCCAGCAGACUAGAGAGGUCAGAAACCAGCUCAACCAACUGCACCCUGACCGCAGCCCUGAACUGGACCGCUAUCAGGAGAAAGCGCAACAGCUCACAGAGAGGUGGAGUGGAGUGAGCAGGCAAAUGGAGACACGGUUAGCGGAUCUGGAGAUGCUGGGUUCAGUGCUGCAGCAGUACAGAGAAGGCCACACCUCUCUUAUCCACUGGAUAGAGGAGACCACCAAAAAACAGGAGAACACGCAACCCGAGCAGACGGACAGCAGAGCUUUGUCAGAACAGCUCGCACAGCAAACGGCCUUGGUGGCUGAGAUAGAACAGAACCAGGUCAAACUGGAUGAAUGCCAGAUGUACUCUAAACAGUACUGCGCUGCUGUUAAGGACUAUGAACUCCAACUGAUGACGUUCAGAGCUUUUGUUGAAUCAACCCAGAAGUCCCCUGUGAAAAGGAGGAGGAUGCACUCUUCAUCAGAUGUCAUCACACAGGAGUUUAUGGAUUUACGCACACGCUACACAGCUCUGGUUACCCUGACAACGCAACAUGUCAAGUAUAUUAGUGAUGCACUACGACGACUAGAGGAGGAAGAGAAAGAGGUGGAAGAAGAGAGGCAGGCACGAGUGGGCCAGGUCUCAGAGCUGAUCGGCUGGGUCAAGGGCCUGCAGGAGCACACUGGCAGAUCUGCCGAGCCAUCACUUGCUGCACAGCAGGCUAUAAGUGAGCAGUUAGCAGCUAAAAAAGAGGAAGUUGCUGAAGCUAUCAGGAGCACCCAAGUUUUCCUGAUGUCAAAACAGGCCAGCAAGCUGUCUCCUGAAGAGCGUGCACAGGUGGUCUCCCAGCUGGAUGAACUGACGGCCACCUACACUCAACUGUGUGACAGUUCUAACGCACAGUUGCAACAACUGGAGGAGCAGCUGGCCAAAGAGGAGAAGCGCAAGGGCCAAGAAGUCAUCGCUGGAGUAAUUGACCUUGGCACCAUGGAAACCUUUCCCGUUUUCCAGGCAGCUCAGCGUGGCCUCAUAGACCAAGACACCUGUCAUGUACUGUUGGAGGCACAGCUCAUCAUGGGUGGUCUAUUCCAGUAUGACUCCCCUGAUAAACUGUCAUUAGAUAAGGGUCUUUCCAGUGGUUUGAUUGAUAAACAAACUUACCAAUCACUGGAAGAGUUAGAGACUGCCCUUGGUCUUGUCAACACAGUAAAAUUUGCAGAGGGUCAGGAAUUACCAGUCGCCACUGCUAUGAAAGAAGAUGUCAUAAAGGAGCUGGUGGGACUACGUAUACUUGAGCUGCAGAUAAGCACUGGCAGCCUGAAGGUUGGUCCCAAUGGAGAAAUGGUCAGCCUGAAUAAUGCAAGGGAGAAGGGAUUGUUAUCCCCUGAUCUUUGUCAAAAGCUGCAAUCCUGUCUUCACCGGCGAGAACUUAUUGAUCCAAAUACAGCAGAAAAACUAAGUCUGGUUGAAUUUCAACAGCGUUGUGUUAUCAAUCAAGAGACAGGUCUGCGCUUCUUUCCAGUUAAACAGAAGCCAGGAGGAACUGUCUGCUUAUGCUCUGGCAGAAAGGUGGGAAUAUUCUGUGCUGUUCAAGAGGGGCUUAUCGACCGGCAUGUCACAGUUCGACUUCUGGAGGCUCAGUUGUUUGCUGGAGGUAUCACAGACCCCCGCUCGGGACACAGAUUGACUGUUAAUGAGGCUGUCCGGCAUGGCCUAAUGGAUCAGGACUUGGCCUGCACCCUCAUGACACGACAGCUACAAGCAGGGGGAAUAAUAGAUCCAGUCAGUGGGGAGCGUCUAGAGUUGGAUGAAGCCAUAAAAAGAGACCUUCUCUCUCCUCGCAUAGCCUUACAUGUACUUCAAUCUCUCCAGUCUUUCAUGGCAAUAAUGUGGCCAGAAUCAGGGGAGUUGCUUCAUGUAAGUGAGGCACUUCAGCAGGGUGUUGUCAAUAGAGAGCUUGCUGCAAAAGCCCUGAGAAAACGUCAUUCUGUUGGUGCAGUAUAUCUGCCUGAGAGUGGACAGGUGGUCCCUCUGCAUCAAGCUGAUAAGAUACUUAAGCCUCAGGCAGUGAAGAUCCUAAAACAGAUCCAGCUUCCAGAUGUCCUUCCCAAUGUGACUCAGUCAAAUUCCUCAUAUAUGAAGCGAUUGAGUUCUGAAUCUGCCUAUUCUUCAUCACCCCCUGCCUCACAUGCAGAUGUCAAUUAUGACUUUUCCAUCAUGGAGGAAGGUAGGUCAGAAGAACAGGUUCAAUACCACCUUCUCACUCAAGUGAUGACACACAGCUACAUUGAUGCUCACUCAGGAGAACGUCUAGUCCUACUAGAACCUGAACUGGUAGAACUAAUAUGUGAAAAUGUUAAAACCACAAACCUUGUCAGACCAGUCCAACACAAAAUCUCUGAUAACAUUAGAGUUACAGUGGUCAGUGAAGCUAUCAGUGGGAUUGAAGAGGAAGAACAUGAAGAACCCGAAAUUAUACAAUAUGAAAUUGCCUGCAAGGACUCUUAUUUGGAAGAGACUAUAGAAAUGACAGGGGAAGAUCUUGCACCCUUGAUGGUCACCAACAAAACCUUUAAAGAGCCUUUGCAUAAAGUAGUUUUGCAAGAGAGAGUUCUAUCAUCAGAAGAGUAUGAACAACCCAAGAUAAAAGGUAAAAUUGUCUGCAAGAUCACUGAUAUAGGAGAGACAGUAGAAAGAGCAGAAGAUCUUGUACCAUUGACAGAAACAAACAUGGCUUUUAAAGAGCUUUCAAAUGAAGAGAUUCAAGAAGUUUUGUCAUCAAGCGACUAUGUAGAACCCAAGGUUAAAAAAGGUGACAUUGACAGGAAGAACGCUGACAUGGGCAAGACUAUAGAAGGAGCAGUGGAAGAUGUUGCGUGCUUGACAGGCACAGACAGAACUUUUAUAGAGCCUUCACAUGCAGAGGUUUGGCAUGAGAACGUUCUAUCAUCAAGAGAAUGUGAAGAACCCAAGAUUAAAAAAGAUGAAAUUGAUAGCAAUAAUACUGUUGUGGGUGAGUCUAUCGAACUGGCAGAGAAAGAUCUUCCACACUUGGUGAGUAAAGACAGACCCUUUAUGGUGCCUUCAAAUAAAGAGGACUGGCAAGAGAAAGUUUUGUCACCAGGAGGACAUGAAAAACCCAAAGUUUUAAAAGGUAAAAUUGCCUGGACAAACACUGAUAUAAGUGAGACAGUAGAAAGAGUAGAGGAAGAUCUUGCACCCUUGGCAGGCACAGCCAGAGCUUUUAUAGUGCCUUUACAUAAAGAGAACUUACAAGAGAAAGUUCUAUCGUCAGGACAAUAUAAAGAACCCAAGAGUAAAAAAGAUGAAAUUGCCAGCAAGAAGACUAACAUAGGUGAGACACAAGAUCUUGCAGCUUUAAAAGGCUCAGAAAUAACCUUUAUAGAGCCUACACAUGAAGUUGUUUGGCAAGAGAAAGUUCUGUCAUCAGGAGAAUAUGAAGAACCCAUUAUUAUGAAAGGUAAAAUUGCCUGGAGGAACACUGGUAUGGGUGAGAUGAUAAAAAAAGCGGAGAAAGAUUGUGCACCCUUGACAGACGCAGACAGAGCUUUUAUAGAGCCUUUAAAUAAAGAGAAUUUACAAGAGGAAGUUCUUUCAUCAGGACAAUAUAAAGAACCCAAUAUUAAAAAAGAUGAAACUGUCAGCAAGAAGACUAACAUGGGUGAGACACUAGAAAGACCAGAGGAUGUUGCAGCUUUAACAAGCUCAGAAAUUAACUUUAUAAAGCCUGCACAUGAAGUUGUUUGGCAAGAGAAAGUUCUAUCAUCAGGAGAAUAUGAAGAACCCAUGAUUAUGAAAGGUAAAAUUGCCUGGAAGGACACUGGUAUGGGUGAGAUGAUAGAAAGAGCAGAGAGGGAUCUUGCACCCUUAACAGGCACAGAAGGAACUUUUAUGGAGCCUUCACAUGCGGUUUUACAAGAGAAAGUUCUGUCAUCAGGAGAAUGUGAUGAAUCUACAAUUUUAAAAGGUAAAAUUACCUGGAGGUAUGCUGAUGUGAGAGAGACAAUAGAUCGAGCAGAAGGAGAUCUUGCACCCUUGACGGGCACAGAAGGAACUUUAAUAGAGCCUUCACAUGAGGUUUGGCAAGAGAAACAUUUGUCAGGAGAAUGUGAUGAACAUAAGAUUAAAAAAGAUGAAAUUGACUGGAAGAACACCGAAAUGGGUGAGACUAUAGAAAGAGCAGAGCAAGAGCUUCCACUCUUGACCGCCACAGUAAGAGCCUUUAUAGAGCCUUCUCAAGAAGAUUACUGGCAAAAGAAUGUUCUGUCAUCAGGACUAUAUGAAGAGCCCAAUAUUAAAGUAAAUAAAAUUGCCAACAUGAAGACUGAGCUGGGUGAGACUAUAGAAAAGACAGAGGAGCAUCUUGCACCCUCGACACUGAAAGACCUAAACUUAACAGUGCCUUUUCACACAAGCUCAACUCUACCGAAGACUAUAUCAGAUAAUGGGGCGCCCUCUCAGAAUCAAAUUAUAGAUUCAACAUUAAAUGAGUCUAAAAAUAAGCAAACACUUGUCCUGGAACAAGCAGAUAGUAAUGGAGUAUUUCUAGAGAUAACAGAACAAAAAAUGUUUGACAUGAGUGAAAGCAGUGCACAUACUUCACUACAAGAUACUGUAAAUGUAAGACAGUAUGAUCAGCUGAAUGUCAAACCAGAUGAAGCCAAGACUGCAAAACAGCCAGAGGAACUAAAGGAAAUGGUUGAAUAUGAGGAAAAUAAAAUAAUCUUUUAUCAGCCUGGUAAAGAUGAGAAAUUAUACCCUUCAGAAAGGAAGACUUUGUCAGUGGAACUAAGUGAUGAUGAUGUGAAGCUUGGGAGUAUGGCAAUGGAUCUGCAACAAGGGGGUCUUGUAACUGUAGGUGGCCAGAAAGUUCUCUUGGACGAAGCUCUGGAACAGGGUUUGCUUCCAGGGCACACUGCUAUUAAGCUUAUGGAAAAAGCUGGUCUCUUUGGUGGUUUUCUGGAUAUUAAAGCCUGUAAGUCACUUAGUGUUGAGGAUGUGAUGCAAGAAGGUCUGUUGGAUGAGGACUUGAUGGCCCAUGUUCUUCAUUCAGAAAAUAUAUUAGCCGGUGUGAUUGAUGUGGAGCAUGGUCAGCUUUGCUCAGUAAAGGAAGCUGCUGAGGCAGGCCUGUUGGACUCUGAUACGGCUGUUCGACUUCUUGAAGCCCAGGUUGUGUCAGGGGGAAUAGUUGACCUACGAAGAGACAAGAAGGUAUCAGUUACCCUUGCAGCCAACCUUGGGUUGAUUGAAGAAGGUAGGAAAGAGAAGCUUCUUUCACUGGAAAAGUCAUGCAAAAGAAAAUGUUCAGAUCAAAAUGCAGUGCAAACCAAGUUUGCACUACAGUUACAAAUGAAAGGAGUGGUGGACCCAAAAACCGAAAAGCCUGUCUCACUGGAACAAGCCCUUCAAACUGGCUUAAUUGGACAGGAUGAGGCUCAGAUGAUUCUAUGCCAGCAGGUUGCAGAAGGUGGUAUUGUGCAUCAUGGCUCUGGUGUUCGCCUUACUGUUGUGGAUGCACUACACCUGGGUCUCAUAAAUCACACAGUCGCUCCAAAGUUCAUGGAACUGGAAAAGGCUUUCAAAGGCCAAGAGCCAUGUAGUUUGGAUCAAGACACUUCAUUUCUUCAGGCCUCUACAGGUUCUAUUUAUGAUGAUGCAUCAAAAAGCAGGAUUACUCUGAGCGAGGCUGUUUCUAAAGGCCUUCUAGAUGAUGAAACGGCAAAUAAAGCUAUGGCCUCACCCAAUGUGAAGAGUGGAUUGUUGGACCCUCAUAAAGCUUGUGUUGUGUCCUACUCUGAGCUGAUAAACCAGGGUAAAAUUGACAUUGAGACCGGACAGAGAUUCCUUGAAGUGAGACCUUUCAGGGGUGUUCCACAUAAACAAACUGAUGAAAUGAUGACCAUACCACAGGCAAUUAAGGCAGGCCAAGUAGAUCCCAUACCAGCAGUAAGAAUAUUGCAGAGUCAAGCAGAUACAGGGGGUAUCAUUAACAUUUAUAGUGGAGAGCGUUUGCUUCUUCCAGAGGCUAUAAAUAAAGGCUUAGUUGAUAAAGACAUGGCUAAAUGUAUUGCUACAAAUCAACUCUUGAAAGGGGGGUUGCUCAGUCCAGCCAGUGGACAGAGGGUUUUCAGCAUUACUGAGGCAGUUGAAUAUGGGCUUAUUUCUACAGAAAUGGCUGCAGAACUUCAACACAGCAUGGGCCUUGUAGAUGAAGAUGAGAGGAAAAGUUCCAAAAUAACAGCUGCUUUAAUGAAAGGACCAUCUAGUUAUUUAUUUCCUGAGAUGAUAUCAGAGCGGGUCAGUCCUAAUAAAAUGUCACUUGAGAAAAGUCUAUUGAGUAUACCAUCCCCACCAUCAUCAUAUCUUACAGAGGCUGAAAUAAAAGAUGCAGAUCCUCUGAAAAAAGAGGAGCUUGAAUCUUUUGACGUCCGUCCUGAUUUGCAAAGUAAGGAACAAUUGGUUGAUGCAGUGAUGCAGGACAGCAAUGAUACAUCAUUGGAGGUUCUGACAGAAUUUACCUUGAAAGCAGAAAAGAGACUUCAGCAGGCCAUUAAAGAGAUAAAGCCCACAGAAAGCGAAUAUAUAAAAUCACAGCCAAUUCAAAGCCCUGAGCAACCUGAAGAGAUUACUGAUAUCAAAUCGCAAAAGGUGGAAGUUAAGAACUCAACAGCUUUACUUGGCAACACCCCAGAGUUGGAAAUCCAGAGGCAGACAGUAAAUAAAUCUGCGGUUUCUACUGCCAUAUUAUUAGAAAGCAGUGAUAACAGCAAGGAACAAGUCCCAUCUACAGAGCAAACAAAAGGAGAGAGAAAGAUCCAAAGGCAGACAGUAAGUGAACCUGCAAUCAAUUUAUUAAACACUGAUGAUGGCUUGCAAAACAAGGAACAAACCGCAUCUAUAGAGCAAAUAGAAGGGCAUAGUUUCAAGCUAGAAGCAGAUCAGUCAGUAUCCCAACAAGAGAAAAUCAAGGACAGCCAGGAGACUGGAUUGGAUCCUUAUGCUUCUACACCCACAAGGUCAGUUAAGGCAUCAGGAAAAAAGAAAGGCAGAGGGAAAAAUGUUAAGCAAGCUAAAAUGGAAAGUGAUGUAAAGCCACAAGUUUCAGACACCUUAGCCAGGAUUUCACCUAUAGAAAAAGCAGAAGAUGAUGGACAAGGUGGCUUUACCACUAGUCAAAAGCCUAUUAUGAAAGACGAUGAAGAGAAGGUGAUUGAAGUACAGCUAUCAGAGACAUCCCAUGCAAGUGGUAUCCUUACACCUGUGACAGGGAAUGAUGAGAAAUAUUUGGAAAUAGGUGUGGAUAGAACUCCUAAUGAAACUGAAACCUCCAACCGUGAGUCUGAUCAUGAAAGCAAUGCAAGACAGAAAGAGAAGACUCUAACACAGCACAGUGUCACAACUUGCAUGGCAAAAACUGACCAGGGUCAGGAGGCUAUUGUUUUGCAUAAGGACCUUGCCACUGAUAUAUCAGAAAAGAAGAGAAAGAAGAAAAGCAAAAGUAAAAAAGUUAAGCAAGUGUGUAUUGUUGAAGCAGAAGGAGUAGAGAAAAGAGAUGAUGAGACUGAGAAAGAGCAUAAGACUAUGAUCCAUGAGGUCGAACUUCAAAGCAGUCAAUCAGAUGAGAAAGAAAGUAUGAAGCAACUUGAGAAAGCCAAUCAGGCAACGGCACAGAAGGAAAAACUUUUGAUGAAAGCUAAGGAAAGCAUUCUUAGGAAGGUGUUUGAGCGAGGAGUGAGUGAAAAACAAGCUCCUGAAGAAUUAGAAGCGAUGCGUCAAGUAGCUAGUAAUGGAGAAUACCGCAUUACCACCCAAGAGGAAACUAUUGUAGAAAAGACAAGCUGUAAGCCUCCUCAAAGUAAGAAGAACGACAAUAAACCACACCAGACGAGGCAAGAAAUUAACGAAAGGUCAGUGCCAAACAUUGCAGAGAAUCUUCUACCUGGGUCUGAUAGUGAUCCAUGCUCCUCAGCUAAAGCACAGCUUCAAAAACAGGAAGAAGAUCAGCAUGACAAGCAUACAAACACGGGAUUAAAUGGAGAUGAUAUGAAUCAGAAUAUUCCAUCUAUGAAAACCUCUGAUGACAUUGUGAACAUAAACCAGAAAGAACUGAUUCUAAUCCAGAAUUUAGAAGGGGAAACCAAAGAAAGAACAGCAGAAAAACAAAGCGUUGAGCCAUUAUAUACAGAUGAAAUGUUGAUAGACCCUAUGAGUGAAUUGACCUUGCCAUCAAGAACUGCAGUGACUGACAGCCAUGAAAUUGCUAAAUCAAUACCCCUCAAAUGUGUCUUUGACAUCCCAGCAGUGAAGGACUCCAAAGCACUUAUAUCAAGUGAGGUGUGUACUCCUUUACAAAAUACCAAAACAGCAGUGAAAAAGGUAAGCAGUGAAGUUCAUCAAGAAAGAAUCGAGGAGCCCCCUUUCAGUGAUUAUGAAGGCACAGAUGAACCUUCUAUCCAACAAUGUAAAGUUUCUGGUCUACCCCAUAUGAAGGUGAUCCCAGAGUCUGAUACCGAACAGAAAGAAGAGGUGGAAGAAUAUGCAGAGGCUUUAGUGGAACCGCAGCCUGGAGAAGUUCAAAUGAAUAUUGAACAAAUAAGAAAAUACACUACAAAAGCUGGCAAGUCCUCACUGGCUCGCCAAGAGUGCUUAGAACAUGACCAACAGAUUGUGGCUUUGCUUUCUAUGGUGAGACACAUCGAGGUCCGCCUAAAGCAGCAGCAGCAACAGUCCGUUGGUCGAGGUCUCUCCACAAUCGAUGACAUAAUCAAACAGAUACAGAUGCUUUUUCUGGAAAUUAGUGACCUGGAACCAGAAGUGCGCAAGGAGACUGAAGCAGCUACACAGCUGCUGGAGUCUUACCCUCAGGAUGUUCCACCUCAGCUGCUUAAGGCCCUGGAAAAAGAUGGGCGAAGCUUAGCUCGGGCUUACAGUGCAGCCGGGGACCUUGCCCAGAAUACUUUGCAGGGGUUACGAGCACAACGUGAUGCACAAAACGAAGCUGUAAGCAGUCAGCUGAAAGCUUUACAAGAGCAAGUUGAUAAACUUCUUAUCUGGCUUAAGGAGACUGAGACACAAAUGCAGGAAGAAACAGGGGUACAUGGACAGACGGUGGCCGAGAUCACUCAAAAGCAACAGUUGUGCAAAAUGUUACAGAACUCUCUUGCUGCCCGAUCCAAUGAAGUCAGCAAUGUGGCGUUCAAUAUUCAGGUGUUUAUCUCUGAACAUGCUCAGGACCUGUUGCCUGAUCAGAGCAGGCGUCUCCUUGGACAACUGGAGCAGCUACAGAGGGUCUUUCACCAGGCUGUUGGUCUCAAUCAUGCCAGGGCAGAGGCACUAUCAGCCCAGCAGACGAGAGAGAACCAACAAAUGAGGAAAGAACAGAAAGAAAAAGAAGAGAGACAAACUACAAGGGAUAGAGAGGUUGUGCAGCAGCAGAAGGCAGAAUGCUGUCAAAAACUGGAGAAUCUCACAAUGUGGUUGGCUGGUGCUGCCAGCCUCUUGGCCAAUCAGAGAGUUGGAACCGAGUCAGAUGAUGUGAACGAGUUACAGCAGAAGCAAAGAGAACUUAAGGAGGUGGAGAAGGACCUUAAGACCAAAAGUGACUUGUUGACUGAGACUAUCCACUCAGUGGAGGAGUUGCUGUCUGAGCAGGGGGACAGUUUGAGUCCUGAAGAGAAGGCCAAACUACAGGGGACUCUUUCACAAUUGAAAGAGAAGCACGGCUCACUUACAAACUCAGUCCGCUCUUCAAUAAGUAAAGUAGACACUGCCAUUGUCACAACACUGCAACAGAACACACAAAGAGCUAAAGCAGAGGAGCAGAUGCAGGAGACACAGGAAAAAAUAGACACCCUUCUCAGAGAAUUGUCAUCACUGGAUGACUCGAAGAGGAGGUCACUUGGCAACACUGUCACUGACACCCCAUCAUCUGUACCACCGGAGAAUGCUAUAAAUUCCCACAGUGACAUGCUUCAGAGUGAGCUGCAGCAGUUACAAGCUCAGCAGGCUCACCUUCAGCAGGUGGCCCAGUCUGUCCACUCUCUCCUGGAACAGCCCGACUCCAGUGUGCCACCAGAGGAGAAACAGCGCUUACGGGCAAAACUAGAACAAUUACAGAAUCAGCAUCAGGAGCGCCUUCAGAACUGUCAGGACAGGCUGAGGCGGGCAGAGGCCCUCAGAGAUGAGUUUGCCAAGUUUGUGCAGGAGCAUGGGAACCUAAGGACAUGGCUGGAUCAGAGUGAACAAGAGCUACAUUCACUCGGUGAAGGGGAAACUGAUGCAAAGGGCCUAAAAGAUAGGAUUGAGGAGCACAAAAAGCUUGCAGAAGAUGUCAUCUGUCACAAAGCAGAUCUGCGCUUUGUGACAAUCUCUGGGCAGAAGGUUCUGGAUUCCAUCCAGGGGGCCUUGGAGAAGGUGGGCAGUACGGAUCCAGCUCUGGAGGAAACCAGACACCUAGUGAGUGGCAAGCUCCAAGAUGCCACACAGCGCUACGGUUCAUUACACAGCAAGUCCUCAGAGCUUGGCACCCAUCUCUCAGGUCUCCUGGAGCGAUACCAACACUACCAAGAUGAGGCUGGUUCUUUAGUCUCCUGGCUGAGCACUCAGGAGCAAAAUCAGAGUGUAUUUAAAGCCAGCGGAGAGCAAACGGACACUCAGACAUUGCAGCAUUCGCUCAGUACUGUACAGCUGUUGCAGGAUGAGUUGGCAGAGCGUUUGGUACAGCUUGAGAAGGUCAAGAGGGCAGGAAAAGAGCUGGUCAGCACUCAGGAGUCCCCAGCUCUCAAAAAUGCUGAUAUUAACAAUCUUACAGAUACUCUGGAGAAGCGCUUUGAAAUCCUGUCUAAUUCAGUGUCAGUGAGAGCCGAACAGCUUCAAACAGCUGUUGCCCAAUCAGUCAGCGUUCAGGAGGGGCUCAAAGCACUGCUGGCAUGGUUAGAUGGACUACCUUUAUCAACUGGCACAGUCCAGGCCACCGCUCAAGCAGUUCAGGAUGCCCUGACACAAAAUCAGAAAAUACGUCAGGAGCUGCUUUCAAGGCAGGGCAGCGUGGAUGCAACUUUGGACUCUGUGUCCAAGCUUCUGAAGUCUGCAGAUGCAUCGACAGCGUCUGGCCUGCAGGGGGCACUACAGGACCUGAGUCAACGCUACACUGCGGCCCAGGCCAAACAGGCUGAAAGAGAGACUGAGUUGCGAGGACUUUUGCCCAAGUUGGAGAGCUUUGAGCGACAGAGUGCAGAUCUCCACAGCUUUACGCAGAGUCGAGAAAGGGCUCUCAGCCCAGUAGGCCAACCUGACUGCAGCGUGGAUGACUACAGACAGACCAUAGAGGAGGUGAGAUCAGAAAUUACCCAAGAGUCGAGUCAAUUAAAGUCAUUUGUCGAGCUCGGUUCAGACCUUAGCCAGUCUGGGAUCCUUGCCAAUGUACAAAGCCUUCUGGACACAACCAAAGAGGUUUCUGAGGACUUUGCACGUUUGGAAUCCAAUGUCAAUGAGAGAUUUGAUUCCAUCCAGAGCUGCGUCCAGCAACUGGCAGAGUUCCGCUCUCACUCUGGCUCGCUCCUCAGGUGGCUGCAGACAGUACAAGAACAACUUCCUGCCAAAGAGCCCAAUCUAAGCACAGAAAGCCUGCAGAGAAGAGCACAGCAGCUUAAAGAUCUACUCACAGAAUGGGAGACCCAAGGAAGCCAAGUUCAGGAGUUGAACAAGACCAGUUCACAACUGGAGAACUUGAUUAUUAACAUCACAUCCCCCAAGAACAAGGCUGGUGUUUCCCAGCUCAAUGGUGCUACCAGCCCCAACAGUGUUAAUGGCAUUCACACCUGUAAAGACUUGACUGAGAUCCAGGUGGCAGUGGCAGAUGUGAACUGCAAGUAUGAGCAGCUGGGCAGUGACAUGAGGGAAAGGAAGGGUAGGCAAGAGGCCUCUCUUGACCUGCGGCAGAAGGCCAGGCAGGGCACUGAGGCACUCAUCCAGUGGCUGAGCCCCCGUGAACAGAGCCUGGCACAAGGGCAGACCGCCUCACCUUCUCGGCCAGAGGUGGUGCGUGCUCAAGCCCAAGAGACUAAGGUUUUGCUUUCUGAACUUGCCGAGCAUUCUGGGAACGUGGAGGAUCUGAAGAACACUCUCAAGCAGCUAAUAACAGAUAAUCCAGACUCUCCUGAAGCUGAGACAUGGAAACGUCAGCUUGAAGACAUAGACUCACGGUGGACGAAGGCCAAUCAGACUGCAGCACAGAAGCAGACUGAAUUGGAGGUGUGUGCUGAUAGGCUUGGUAGUUUUGCUGCAGCAGCCAGUCAGCUAGGACCAUGGCUACGAGAGAAAGAGCUGAUGAUGAGUGUAUUAGGCCCACUGAGUAUCGACCCCAACAUGCUCAACACACAGAAACAGCAAGUGCAGUUCAUGCUACGUGAGUUUGAGACACGGCAACCCCAGUUUGACCAGCUGACUCGGGCGGCAGAGGGAAUCCUCUCCCCAUCUGGAGACGAGGGUUCUAGAGAUGGACAGGAUCUAGAGGAGGUGAGGCAGGAGCUGGCAGACGUUUCACAGCAGUGGGAAGACCUCACCGCUCGUCUCACCGGCCGCUCACAGCAGAUCGACCAGGCACAGGGAACCAGCGAGUGCUACCUGGCCCUGCUCAGGGAGCUGUCUCAGAGCAUGGCCGAUCUAGGUGAGAGGCUGGAUGCGCAGGCCUCUCUAAGCGCUCAGCCUGAAGCCCUGCGCCGUAGGCUUCAGGAAACUGGGGAGAUCCGUGCUGUGCUGGAACAGAGACGAGGUCAACUUGCCCAGGCUGAGCAGCUGUGUUUGGAGCUCAGCACAAUUGUGGCCGAACCAUAUCUCAGAGAUGAGUUACACAAGCGAUUGGAGAGUGUGAGCGGGCCCCUCAAAAACCUAGAAGAACGGGCUGCUGAUGGCUUGUCCCAGCUGCAGGCUGCCCUGUCCAGCACUCAGCAGUUCCAGCAGAUGUUUGACGAGCUUCGUGGCUGGUUGGGUGGGCAGGCUGGGAAUCACACCGCUGGGGUUUCUAAAGGCCUUCCUUGCCAACCUCAUGCUCUAAAGACACUUUUGGCCCAACAAGAGGAUCUCCAGCGAGCCAUAGCACAACAACGUGGAUCCUAUGAGCUCAUCCAGGCCGAGGGGACGUCUUUGCUAGCAUCUCUCCCUGCUGGAGAUGAGCGAUUAGCCCUACAGACUCGACUAAACACCUUAAGGCAAGACUGGGAGGGCAUGAACCAACAAACCUCUAAUAAACAUAGUCGAAUAAAAGAGAAACUGUCCCGUGCUGAGCUGUACCAACAACAUCGCAAUGAGCUUGUACCUUGGGUUGCAGAAUGUGAGGAAAGGGAGGCAGAGAUCCACCCAUCAUUGGACCCCUCCACCUUAGACGAGGCUUUGCAAAAGGCUAGACAGUUGAGCCUAGACUUGGAUCGUCGUCGCCGCCUCUUAGAUUCUCUGAACACGGCAGCAGAUCAACUGCUGGAGCAGAGCUGUACUGGUGAAGAGGAAGUGAUGGAUGAAAAAGCCCAGCUUAAUCGCAGGAUAGAUGGUCUCUCUGAGCGACUACAGGGACGCACGGCUCAGAUAGAAGAGUUGGGAAGCAGACUGAAGGAGUUUGAAGAUGGGAGACUGGCUGUGGAGAGAAGACUCGAGGCAGCCAGACAUCAGAUCGAGGUUCAGGAGGCGCUUGGGCCACAAGCUUGUAGCAACAAAAGCCUGGAGCGUCUUCGUAACCAACAAGAACUGUUAAACUCUAUACAGCCACAGGUAAUAUACCUGCAAAAUCUGGCUCUGGGGCUACUCCAGGAUGCGCCCGAGAUCUCCAGGGCCGGCGAAGAUGGUGGCCAGAGGCUGUUGCAGCAAGCUCGUGAUGCGGAAAAAGAGUUUGAAGAAGUUACUGAGAAGACAGAGCAAUGCUGCUUAUCCUUGGAGUCCCGGUUGCAAGGUGUGGGAGAAGUCCAGUCACAUGUUCGAGAUGUUUUCUCCCGCCUGGCUGAUUUGGACGAUGAGUUGGAUAGCCUUAGCCCUGUGGGACGGGAUACUGACUCCUUGGCCUCACAGGCUGAUGCUGUCAGGGGCUUCCUGAGUCAACUCAGUGCCCUCCGUGCCGAGCUAGAGAGUCAUGGUGGAGAAUGCACGACUAUGCUGCGUAGAGAGGGAAGCUCUCCUGAUCUUCUGGCCCUCAGGCGAGAGACUGAAGCACUAAGCAGACAGGCAGGCAAGCUGGCAGAGCGGGGCCAGAACCGUCUGGCACUCAUAGAAGCCGCAGAAGAGCGAAUGAAGGAGUUCUACGCCCGUCUAGCUGACCUACAAGGGUUGCUGGGACGGGCAGAGGAGGUGCUGGACACACAGGCCGUCGUGGGGACAGAAGUGGAGGUCAUCAAACAGCAGCUUCAGGAAUUCAAGGCCGUAGAAAGGGAGCAGAUAGACAGCAUUCAGCCUAAACUGCAACAUGUCAAUGCUGUGGGUCAAGGUCUUAUCCAGAGUGCAGCCAAACACACUGACACUCAGGGCCUGGAACAUGACUUGGAGACCACCAACCUGCGCUGGAACUCCCUCAACAAGAGGGUUGCUGAAAGAAUCGCACAGUUGCAGGAGGCCCUGUUGCAUUGUGGGAAGUUCCAAGAUGCUCUGGAGCCACUCUUGAGCUGGCUUAGUGACACAGAGGAGCUCAUAGCCAAUCAGAAACCUCCGUCUGCUGAGUACCGUGUGGUCAAAGCACAAAUUCAGGAGCAAAAGCUGCUGCAACGGUUACUGGAUGACCGCCUUGGGACAGUAGAAAUGAUCAGGGCAGAAGGAGAGCGAAUCGCUGCUACGGCCGAGACACAAGACAGAGACAAAAUCCAGAAACAACUUAAGAGCCUAGGAGAGAGAUGGACAAAUCUGCUGGAAAAGGCCAGUGCCAGGCAGCGGCAGCUAGAGGAGCUGCAGGUGUUAGCGCUGCAGUUCCACGAGGCAGUGGAGCCACUUGGUGAGUGGUUGAGCACAUCAGAGAGACGUCUGAGCUCCGCUGAGCCAAUGGGAACCCAGACCUCCAAAAUCACACAGCAGAUUGUAAGGCACAAGGUUCUCCAAGAGGAGGUAUCCUCUCGGGAGAAUGAUGUAGACCAUCUUGAGACUCUCAGUCAAUCACUGCAUCCACUCAGCUGUGCAGCUGAUCGUGAUUGGCUGGGUGAACGUGUGGCGGCAGUGCGCAACGGGCACACGGAGCUGCAUGAUUGGUACAAUCGGAGAGAGGUCAUGCUGGAGCAGGCCCUGGCCAAUGCACAGCUAUUUGGAGAAGAAGAGGUGGAAGUCCUUAAUUGGCUAGCUGAGGUGGCGCAGAGACUGGCUGAGGUCUCAGUGCAGAGUUAUCAGCCGGAGCUACUAGAGCAGCAACACAAACACACACUGGCUCUUAAUGAAGAGAUUAUCAGCAGGAAGAAGACAGUGGACCAAGCCAUUAAGAAUGGACAGGCUCUGCUUAAACAAACUACUGGUGAGGAGGUCCUGUUGAUUCAAGAGAAGCUAGAUGACAUCAAAAGCCGCUACGCAGAGAUGACAGCAGGCAGCAGCAAGGCCCUCCGUACUCUCGAACAGGCCCUUCAGUUGGCCACGCGAUUUGCUAGCUCGCAUGAUGACAUCAGCCAAUGGUUGGAUAGCGUGGAGGCGGGGCUUAACAACAUUGAGCCAGACACAACACCAGCCUAUCAGGACAGACAGAGGGAGCUGAAGUGCGUGUCUGCUGAGAAGAGGUUAGUUCUGGACACAGUGAAUGAGGUGGGCAGUGCUUUACUGGAUCUGGUGCCCUGGCGUGCACGGGAAGGCCUGGACCGCCUGGUCGCCGAUGCCAAUCAGCGCUACCGCCAAGCGGAUGAGACCAUCACACAGAGAGUGCAGUUAGUGCAGGCUGCCAUCCAAAGGUCACAGCAGUAUGAGGAGGCAGUUGAUGCAGAGCUGACCUGGGUCGUAGAGACCAAGAAGAAGUUGGCGUCUCUGGGGCCUCUGAGUCUGGAGCCUGAUUUGACUGUGGCACAGCUCCAGGUGCAAAGAGCCUUUAACAUCGACAUCAUUCGUCACAAAGAUACUGUCGACCAGCUCCUUAAGACACGAGAGGACAUCCUGGAGAGCUGUAGUGAACAGCAGAGAGAGGCUCUGAAGAUUAAUUUGGUUGACCUGAUAAAACCUCUUUCUUCUUCUUCUGUGGCGGCAGUGUGCAAUGGGCACACGGAGCUGCACGAUUGGUGCAGUCGGAGAGAGGUCAUGUUGGAGCAGGCCCUGGCCAAUGCACAGCUAUUUGGAGAGGAAGAGGUGGAAGUCCUUAACUGGCUAGCUGAGGUGGCCCAGAGACUGGCUGAGGUCUCAGUGCAGAGUUAUCAGCCGGAGCUACUAGAGCAGCAACACAAACACACACUGGCUCUUAAUGAAGAGAUUAUCAGCAGGAAGAAGACAGUGGACCAAGCCAUUAAGAAUGGACAGGCUCUGCUUAAACAAACUACUGGUGAGGAGGUCCUGUUGAUUCAAGAGAAGCUAGAUGACAUCAAAAGCCGCUACGCAGAGAUGACAGCAGGCAGCAGCAAGGCCCUCCGUACUCUCGAACAGGCCCUUCAGUUGGCCACGCGAUUUGCUAGCUCGCAUGAUGACAUCAGCCAAUGGUUGGAUAGCGUGGAGGCGGGGCUUAACAACAUUGAGCCAGACACAACACCAGCCUAUCAGGACAGACAGAGGGAGCUGAAGUGCGUGUCUGCUGAGAAGAGGUUAGUUCUGGACACAGUGAAUGAGGUGGGCAGUGCUUUACUGGAUCUGGUGCCCUGGCGUGCACGGGAAGGCCUGGACCGCCUGGUCGCCGAUGCCAAUCAGCGCUACCGCCAAGCGGAUGAGACCAUCACACAGAGAGUGCAGUUAGUGCAGGCUGCCAUCCAAAGGUCACAGCAGUAUGAGGAGGCAGUUGAUGCAGAGCUGACCUGGGUCGUAGAGACCAAGAAGAAGUUGGCGUCUCUGGGGCCUCUGAGUCUGGAGCCUGAUUUGACUGUGGCACAGCUCCAGGUGCAAAGAGCCUUUAACAUCGACAUCAUUCGUCACAAAGAUACUGUCGACCAGCUCCUUAAGACACGAGAGGACAUCCUGGAGAGCUGUAGUGAACAGCAGAGAGAGGCUCUGAAGGUGAAGACAGACUCUUUAAGUGCUCAUUAUGAAGCAGUAAAUCAGAGUCAUGCUGAGCGCUUCUCAGCUCUAGAGCAGGCUCAGGUCCUGGUAGCACGGUUCUGGGAGACGUAUGAGGAACUUGAACCCUGGCUGGGUGAGACCGAGACUUUGAUUACCCAGCAAGCCCCUCCCGCCAUUGACACAGAAGCGCUCAGACAACAGCAAGACCAGAUGAGGCUUUUGAGAGAGUCCAUCGCUGAGCACAAGCCUCACAUAGAUAAACUGCUAAAGAUCGGUCCACAGCUGGCAGAACUCAGUGCCCAGGAAGGGGCAACAUUGAGACAACGUUAUAAUGAAGCAGAGAGACGUUACCUCAGCAUCAAAGAGGAGGUCAAAGGUCGAGCCACAGCACUGGAUGAAGCCGUGUCACAGUCUGUCCAGUUCCACGAUAAGAUGGACCCUCUUUUGGAGACUCUGGAAGGUGCAGUUCAACGCUUGCGGCAGCCACCUCCAGUGGCGGCUGAGGUGGAGAAGAUCCGGGAGCAACUUGCGGAGCACCGGGCUACAGGACUAGAGCUGGACAAACUCCUUCCAUCUUUCAGCACCCUGUGUGCCCGAGGAGAAGAGCUCAUCGGUCGCGCCCCACACGACGAUCCUGCCGCCCAGGCGGUGCGUUCGCGACUCUUACGGCUGCGUUCUCUGUGGGAUGAGAUCAGGCAGAGGGCAGAGGAAAGAGAAGGAAAGCUUCAGGAUGUUCUAGAUCUCGCCGGAAAGUUCUGGGCCGACAUGGCCGCUCUGCUGAGCACACUUCGUGACUCUCAGGAUAUUGUGAAAGAACUGGAGGACCCAGGGGUGGAUCCUUCUCUUAUAAAACAACAAAUAGAGGCAGCCGAGGCCAUUAAGCAAGAGACAGAUGGGCUGAGGGAAGAACUGGAGAUCGUACGAACACUUGGAGCUGACCUCAUCUUUGCCUGCGGAGAGACUGAGAAACCAGAGGUCAAGAAGACCAUCGAUGAGAUGAAUGCAGCCUGGGAAGGCUUGAACCGCACGUGGAGAGAGAGAAUGGAGAGACUGGAAGAGGCCAUGACUGCCUCUGUGCUGUACCAGGAUGCUCUUCAGGGCAUGUUUGACUACUUGGACAAUGCUGUCAUCAAACUGUGUGACAUGCCAGCUGUAGGGACAGACCUCAGCACUGUUAAACAACAGAUCGAGGAGCUCAAGCAAUAUAAAGUGGAAGUUUACCAGCAACAGAUUGACAUGGAGAAGCUUUGCCACCAAGGAGAGCUGUUGCUCAAAAAAGUGAGCGACCAAACAGACCGAGACAUGAUUCAGGAGCCUCUCAUUGAGCUACGCCACCUGUGGGAUAACUUGGUGGACAAAAUCACAAUCAGACAGCACAAACUUGAGGGUGCACUGUUGGCUCUAGGUCAGUUCCAGCAUGCUCUCUCUGAGCUGCAGUCUUGGCUCAGUCACACUCACGCCACACUGGACACCCAGCGACCCAUCAGCUCUGACCCCAAGGCCAUUGAAAUUGAGCUGGCUAAACAUCAUGUUUUAAGAAACGACGUGCUGUCCCAUCGGGCUACAGUGGAGACGGUGAACAGUGCAGGCUCUGAGCUUCUGGAGUCCAGUCCUGGAGACGAAAUCAACCACCUGAGAGACCAGCUGGAUGAGCUCAACCGCAGCUGGAAGAACCUUCUGCUGAAGACUGAUGAGAGGCAGAAGCUUUUGGAAGCUGCCCUGCAACAGGCGGAGGGUUUCCAUGGAGAGUUGGAGGAGUUUCUGCUGUGGCUCAGACGCACAGAGAGUCAGCUGUCCGCUGCCAAACCCACAGGUGGCCUGCCUGAGACCGCCAGAGAGCAGCUGCAGCAACACAUGUUGGAGGAGUUUCUGCUGUGGCUCAGACGCACAGAGAGUCAGCUGUCCGCUGCCAAACCCACAGGUGGCCUGCCUGAGACCGCCAGAGAGCAGCUGCAGCAACACAUGGAGCUUAGCAACCGCUGGGAAACAGUCUGUGCCCUGUCUGUUUCAAAACAGACUCGCCUCCAGCAGGCCCUCAAACAGGCAGAGGAGUUCCGCACAGCUGUUCAGAUGUUGCUGGAGUGGCUUUCGGAGGCAGAGCAAACAUUGCGCUUCCGGGGCGUCCUGCCAGAGGAGGUAGAGACUCUGCAGGCACUACUGCACACGCACCGGGAUUUCAUGCAGACAGUGGAGGAGAAGAGAGUGGAUGUCAAUAAAGCUGCUGGUAUGGGUGAAGCCAUCCUAGCUGUGUGCCACCCAGACUGCAUCACAACCAUCAAACACUGGAUCACCAUCAUCAGAGCUCGUUUUGAAGAGGUGCUGACAUGGACCAAACAGCACGAGCAGCGCUUGGAGACGGCUCUGACUGAAUUGCUCAACAAUGCUGCACUACUGGAGGAGCUGUUGUCAUGGCUACAGUGGGCGGAGACCACACUGGUGCAGAGGGAUACUGAACCACUCCCCCAGGACAUUCCUCAACUGAAGACACUAAUUACAGAGCAUCAGGUGUUUAUGGAAGAAAUGACGCGAAAACAGCCUGAUGUUGACAAAGUGACAAAGACAUACAAGAGGAAACCAGCAGAACAUCCCAGCAGCCUGUCAGACAGGAGAGGGGCCCGAAAACACCAGCAGCAGCAGCAGCAGCAACAACAGCACUCAGUACAGGUAACCAGUGGUAACCCUCGCCUCACCCAGCUCUGCUCCCACUGGCAACAAGUGUGGCUGCUCGCCCUCGAUCGCCAGCGCAAGCUGAAUGAUGCUCUCGACAGACUAGAGGAGCUUAAAGAGUUUGCCAACUUUGACUUUGAUGUGUGGAGGAAGAAAUACAUGCGCUGGAUGAACCACAAGAAAUCUCGAGUCAUGGACUUCUUCCGACGCAUCGACAAGGACCAGGAUGGAAAGAUCACUCGCCAAGAGUUUAUCGAUGGCAUCUUGGCAUCAAAGUUUCCUACCAGCAAGCUGGAGAUGACAGCUGUUGCUGAUAUUUUUGACCGUGAUUGUGAUGGCUACAUCGACUACUAUGAAUUUGUGGCUGCUUUGCACCCUAACAAAGAUGCUUACAGACCCACAACAGACGCUGAUAAGAUCGAAGAUGAGGUCACCAGACAAGUGGCCCAGUGCAAGUGUGCCAAGAGGUUUCAGGUUGAGCAGAUUGGAGAGAACAAGUACAGGUUCUUCCUUGGGAAUCAGUUCGGAGACUCACAGCAGCUGCGUCUUGUACGAAUCCUGCGCAGUACAGUCAUGGUUCGAGUUGGAGGAGGGUGGAUGGCGCUGGAUGAAUUCCUGGUGAAGAACGACCCUUGUCGAGCACGUGGACGUACCAACCUGGAGCUUCGAGAAAAGUUCAUUCUUCCAGAGGGAGCUACGCAGGGUCUGGCGGCCUUCCGGUCCCGGGGGCGGCGAUCCAAACCUUCGUCACGCACUGCCUCGCCCACCCGUUCAUCUUCAUCUGCCUCGCACAGCGCCCACAGCUGCGCCUCUCUACCCUCCGCACCCGCAACGCCCACAGCCUCCUCAAGGUCCUCCCAAUCCCAAUCUCGUGGCUAUGCCAAGCCCUGGCUGGCACACAGUAAAACUCCAACACCAACCAAGUGCCAGUCCUGCCCAGAGCACAGCCAGACCCCUGGGCACGAGGGAGGCUCCACAUCUAAGCUGAAAAGACCAACUUUCCAUUCCAGCCGUGGCUCCUUAACUGGUGAGAACGGUGGAACACCAACCGCUACUAAACCUGGACGCUCCGACACCAAACGCACUCCGUCCUCGACGAGCGGCCCAGCCAGUCGAGCAGGGAGUCGUGCUGGAAGCCGCGCCAGCAGCCGAAGGGGCAGCGACGCUUCAGACACGUCUGAGCUCAUGGAGACACGCUCGGCUUGCUCCGACACCUCAGACACCCCUCACCGGCCUGGGGCCAAACCCUCCAAAAUCCCCACCAUCUCCAAGAAGGCCCCCAGCCCCAAAACACCAGCGGCCAAGAAAUGAAGUCGCCACCUUAUCAGUCUAUGUGACUGACUCUGAGGUGGUUGUGAUUUAACCAGCAGGAGGAGAACACCACACCUUCCUCUCUCAGACGGCUAAUGUGCCGUUCCGCCAGCUCAGACGAGACAGGACUAGACUUAACACCUCCAGCGUCUAGCGCAGCCGCACACUGCUGCACCACCCAGAUCAAUACCUACCAUAAUGCUGCCUUAUUUGUGUUCUACAUCAUGUCCUUAAUUUGACUGGCAUUGCGUUUUCUUGAAUGUGCGAUGGAGAACAUCCGGUGUGAGCAGACAUGUCUCCACAGACACUCAGGAGGGACGUCAGUUCUGCACCAGGGAAGAACUAUUCUAUUCACUAUUCUUCACUAUGAAUAUGCAACCGCCCGUCACUCUCCAAACCUCAUGCAUGGUUGUCACUUUGGAGAUGUUUGGUUGGGCAAACUCGCCCUUUUCACUGGUAUGCAGACCAGUCUCGCCUGGGUGUCUAUGCCACUGCAAACUAGAGGAAAUCAAUUAAAAACAGACGUUUUCCUCCUGGACACUUGUAUGUUUGUGUGAAUGAAUGUGUGGUAGUUCCUGUCAUGGUAAAUUAACGCAGUAAUACAGAGAGGUAGUGGAGGAUACAUAUCUCUAGCCUUCCCAAGGUGUGAAGAUUCUUGUGACGAGAAAAUUAGAUCCUUCACGUCACACGUGAUCCAUUUAAAGGAACUCCUAUAGCGCACAGCACACAAGUUUCAUGAGCUCGCACCGACGGUCUUCUCCACUGUGUGUCCACACAGUCUAGUUGUGUCCUUUUGUUACAGACAUCAUGUUACAGAGCUUUUCCACAGGAUGCAAAAAUGAUUACAAUUGUGAAUGUUUGUUUCAUGGUUAAUUUAUAAUCCUUACGUUUUGUUUCUUUUGUAGAAUAAAGAGCUGUAUUUAUUUGUGAUUGCAGUAUCUUAUCAACUCUUAAGAAUGACUAGUAUUAACACAACAGGAAUCGCUCUUGGUUUUGUUUUUGUACGUCCGCUCCUGACGUAAUGAAGUUCUCUGACUGAUCAUUUCUGAUGUUAUAACUGACCAGGAAGCUUAAUGAUUCCAAUGGUGGCCUUUUUGCCGGCGACUAACUUUAGAUGACGUCAAAAGUGGCUUCCUACUUGUUCUUUCGUGACGGAAGUACCCUAAAUAAUGAAUGAUGGGAGCGGCUCGCGUUGCCCCUGUUAAAAACAGCGCUUUGAAUCUUGUCUUUGACAAGCUGAAGUAUAUGAAUACCUGAAGAAAGGUGAUUUUUAUUUAUUUAUUGUGUCCUUGGGAGGGAGGUGAGGGCUGUGAAAGGAUCCACAUUUUGAUUGUGUUACUCUUUUGACAUGACUGAGAAACAGGGGUGCAAUUGUGUAAAAGUAAAGAAGUUAUGAUUAUAAAUCCUUUUUGUUCUCUUUUGUAUUAAAACAAUGCUUGCAGUAAAA